UUACAUGGAAGAAUAAUAAACUUCUUAAUAAUAAUAUUAUUAUUAAAAUUAUAUUUUGGCGCGGUCUGGUAUUGGGAAUCAGUUGGACUUUCACUUCCUCUUCUUUGACUUUUCUGGUCUAACCCGAUCGAUAACAAAACCCUACUCUUCCUCUUCGCUCCCUUUCUCUCAUGUGUGUCAGAUCCAAUUCUUCCUUUAUCUUCUUGCUCUUUGUUGUCGGUGGACUGGAAUUUAACUGCUGAUUGCAACCAGAAAUGAUAGUAGUGGUGAUAAAACUGAGCUGCUAAAACAUCAGUUGUGGAGGAAGUCUUGCUUUUACACUGAACUACUCUUCCAUUUUGUUGUUAUUGGAAGCUUGCUAGUGAACUUUUGGACUAUUCUCUUUUGAAGCAUUUGUUUGUUCUGGUAAACAAUGGGAGGGAUAUGUUCUAGGGCUUCUGUUUCUCAAAAUAAUAAGUCUUUAUAUGCCGGUGGCCGGGUUGAUCAUAAUGGAUCUGGUAGUGCGGGGUAUCAGCGCAAUGAGUUGCAAGCGAAUAAGAAAAUUAAUUUGAUGGAAAGCACAGAGAAACAAAAGCAGAGCAAUUUCGUGCCUGCACAAACUGGGGAAAACAUGGAGAAGCAAUCACAAGAACUCAAGGAAUCCAUUAUAUAUGGUGAGAUGGACACAACUGGAUACAGUAGCAAUGAGGAUGAUUUUUAUGAUGGGAUUCCGCGCUUUCCAAGGGCUUUAUCUCGGAAAUCUAGAUCAAUAAGGUCUAAGCAGGUAGGGGUCACAAAGGUUUCAGAAGUGAGUUCACGUUUAGGUAGAGCAAGUUCUUUUAGCCUUGAAAAGGCUGUGGAUGUCUUGGACACACUUGGGAGUAGCAUGGCCAAUUUGAACCCAAGCAGUGGAUUUGUUUUUGGGGCCACAAGCAAAGGCAACAAACUUUCAAUUUUAGCAUUUGAGGUUGCGAACACAAUUGUCAAGGGUUCCAGUCUUUUGCAAUCUCUUUCAAAAAGAAGCAUACGAAUGCUGAAAGAAAAGGUGCUUCCUUCGGAGGGUGUGCAACUUUUAGUAUCAAAAGACAUGGAUGAACUCCUUAGAAUUGUUGCGGCUGACAAAAGGGAAGAACUGAAAGUUUUUGCAGGAGAAGUGGUUCGUUUCGGAAAUCGUUGUAAAGAUUCUCAGUGGCACAACUUGGAUCUUUACUUUGAAAAACAUGGCAGACAAUUUACUACUCACAGGCAGUUGAAAGAGGAUGCAGAAUUGGUGAUGCAGCAAUUGAUGACCUUGGUCCAGUAUACAGUUGAGUUGUACCACGAGUUGCAUGCAUUGGACAGACUUGAGCAAGAUUAUCAGGUUAAGCGUCUGGAAGUUGGUAUUUCAAAUGCUGUGCAAAGAGGUGAUGGCCUUUCAGUCUUGAGAGCAGAACUAACAGGCCAAAGGAAGCAAGUAACAAGUUUAAAGAAGAAGUCACUCUGGUCCAGGAGUAUGGAAGAGGUGAUGGAGAAGCUCGCAGAUAUUGUCCUUUUUCUGAAUCGGGAGAUACACGAUGCCUUUGGUCAUGCUGAUGGUGAUAAACCAUCGAUAGGAUCUCUUGAUAAUAUGCAUAGACUGGGACCUGCUGGUCUUUCAUUACAUUAUGCAAAUGUUAUCAUCCAGAUUGACACAAUUGUGGCUCGAUCCAGUGCUAUGCCUUCCAACUCGAGGGAUACGUUGUACCAGAGCUUGCCACCUACCAUAAAAUCAUCAUUACGUUCCAAACUACAAUCCUUUUGUGUCAAGGAAGAGCUCACUGUUACAGAAAUUAAAGCUGAGAUGGAAAAAACUUUACAGUGGCUUGUUCCUACUGCCGUGAAUACAGCCAAGUUCCAUCAUGGUUUUGGUUGGGUUGGAGAGUGGGCAAAUACAGGGUCUGCGGUAAAUCGAAAGCCUACUGGACCAACUGAUGUGAUUCAAAUCGAGACACUCCAUCAUGCAGACAGGAAGAAGACCGAAGCUUACAUUCUUGAACUUGUGUUGUGGCUUAACCAUUUGGUGAGCCAAUCCAAGGUUAAUGGUGGUGGUACAAGAUCACCCAUUAGAUCUCCAAAUCACUCACCCCUCCAAAGGACGAAUCAGCAGCCCGUAAAUGAGGCUGCCUGUACCUCAUCAUCCAUUCUAAGCACUGAAGAACAGGAGAUGCUGCGGCAUGUAAGCAACAAUAAACGGACACGAGGAAUAAGUAAGAGUCGGGACUUUGAAUUCGUUGAAAACAGAUUAAGAAAGCACGAGAGACCGACCAAGAGUUGCAGCAACUCCCCGUCAAAAGGAAGCGAGGAACUAUUCCCUUUAAACGGGCUUUCUUCAGGCAUUUCUGUCAUUGAUGUGUGUCGUCACAAAGAGAAACCAUUGAAUGUCAAUGAAUAAGUGGAUGCACCCGGAGAAGUAGUUAUUAAAGUUAUUGUACAUAAUCAUCAUUGCGGUAUGUUUGUCGUCACACAGAGAAACGGGCUUUCUUUUUUACAUGUUUGUGUUUGCACUAUUGUAGCACAAUAAGGGUCCCCUUUACUGUUUCACUGGAUUGAUUCUUGUAGUGUGCUUCAUGCACUGGUCUUCUAUAAGAUUAUACUUGAAGAAUACUAUCUACCAGUAUUGCAAAAGAUUGUAUUUGGAGGUGGUGGAAAGAUAAAUGUUACUUGGUGGAUAAAUCUGUAAGAGUUCUGAUCGUUUCUUGGUUGUGAAUUAAGAUAAUAGGGAAGACAGCUGAGAGAUUUUGUAUGUGUAUAGGCUACGUGGCAUUUAUAAUAAUAAUUUUUUAUUUUAUUUUAUUUUAUUUAA